UGGUGCCCCAAACAUAAGAAAGAAAUGGAACUGCUAGAUAAAGUCCAGAGGGGACCACUAAGUUAAUGAGAAGACUGGAGCACUUUCCCUACAAAGACAGGCUGAGAAUAUUGUGGCUGGAGAACAGAAGGCUGUAUGGAACCUUCCAGUACCUGAAAGGGCCCACAGGGAAGCCAGGGAGGGACCUCUUGUCAGGAGGUGUAGUGAUAGGACAGGGAAUAAUAGGUACAAACUGAAAGAGGGGAAAUGUAAACUAGAUAUUAGGAAAAAUAUUUUACUGUGAAGAUGGUGAGAUAGUGGAAGAAGUUGCCAAGGGAAGCUGUGGGUGCCCCAUCGCUGUCAGCAUUAAAGGCUAGGUUGGACAGGGCCCUGAGCAGCCUGGUCUAGUGAGAGAGGUCCCUGCAAGGGCAGAUUGGGACUGGAUGUUCUUUAAGGUCCCUUCUAAUCCUUGAUGUUCUGUGAUUCUAUGACCUGAUCUACUCCUGUGCCUCCACUUCCCUCUCUGUUAAAUAUUUGUGGGUGGGGGAGAUUUUCCAGGGCUUUUCACAGAUCAAAGCUUGGAGGGUGCCUCAAAAACCAUCAUGCUUUGCUCUGUUUAAGAAUGACUUCAUCCUGUCUGAUAAGUCAGACAAGGGCAGAGGAGUGUAGCCCAGCAUAGGGUGGAUGGGUUCCUGGUGAGCAGGAGGGUUCCACUCUAUUGCCCAACAAUGAGGCCAGGGCCACCCCUGGCAACCCCAUCACACAGAGCCGUGCUCUGUCCCUAAACACAAACAAAGACAAGUAAUUCUGCUCCUGCUGGCAGCAUUACCUCACGGAUUACCUCUGUCUGAGUAGCCCUGUAGCUGUAGCAGCCCUGAAGCUGUAGCAGCCUGGGCAGGGCAGCACCCUGCCCAAGCAGGACCCCACCCAUGACCAACCAGGUAUCUCCAAAUGUCCCUCCAUCUCCCACUUCUGGCCAGGAUGACGGGAGCACGCCUGUCUUCGAGGAAGAGCCACAAGCACAGGAGCGUGCAGGCGGCUUCAAGGAGGCGGAGAGAAUGCUGGAGAAGACUAAGAAGGCGCUCAGGAUUCAUAACACUGCUGUAAGGGGGAUGCUGGCAGAGGCACUGGGAACGUUCAUCCUCAUGGUUUUUGGCUUGUCCUCUGUGGCACAAGUGGUAUUGGGAAAAGGAAACAGUGGUCAGUAUCUGAGCAUCAAUAUAGCUUUUGGCAUUGGUGUUACCUUGGGCAUCUAUGCGGCUGGAAGAAUAUCUGGAGCUCAUCUGAAUGCUGCUAUCACCAUUACACAAUGUGUUUUAGGAAACAUCUCCUGGACAACGCUUGUCGCUUACAUAACCGGCCAGUUCCUGGGCUCCUUUACAGCAGCAGCCACCGUCUUUGCUCUCUACUAUGAGACUAUUUAUGCCUACACCAAUGGGAGCUUUACAGUGACAGGACCAACUGCCACAGCGAUGAUCUUCUCUACGUACCCUGCUUCCAAUGUAUCCUUGAAGGGAGCCUUCUUCACAGAGUUUACAGCAACAGUUAUGCUGAUCCUGGGUAUCCUAGUCAUCCAUGAUGAGAAAAACAAUGCAGCCACCAAAGGUGCUCAGCCCAUGCUCACGGGUAUGCUGGUCCUGGGCAUUGGCCUGGGAAUGGGGCUGAACACAGGCUAUGCCAUAAACCCCUCCAGGGAUCUGCCCCCCCGGAUCUUCACGGCAAUCGCUGGCUGGGGAACGGCUGUCUUCACGGCUCAUCAUUCCUGGUGGUGGAUCCCAGUCACAGCUCCAGUUCUGGGGAGUCUUUUUGGUGUUCUAGUCUACAAACUCUGCAUUGAUUUUCACAACCAGCCGGGCCAUGAGAAAGAAACUGAACAUGAGAAAGAACAGGCAGACAUGGAGACUUCCAGACUGUGACGACCAUGUGCUCGGAUGACACAUGUGAAGGGCACAUCUGUUUGUCCACCAUGCUGGUGGACAGAUGAGGGACUAGAUUUCAGUAAACUUAUUCUGGUUAAACAGACAAA